AUGGCCAAUAAAAAAGAUGGUGACCUAGGCAGAAGGGCCUGGACCUGCUGGCCAUGGGGAGCUACAGAAAUUGGGGCGAGAGGGGGGCUAUUAUACCUUGGAAGAGGCUGCCCCAAUAAGACCCCCAGCACAGUAAAUUUCCAGUGGGCGUCUGGAAUUCAGACCUCAGAACCCACGGCCCUCAUUCCUUUUCCUCCUACAGCAGCCCACCAAAACCUGGCCUCAAAGAUCUUCUGUCUGUGCUGCAGACACUGUGAGGAGCCCCAGUCCAUAGAUGACUCCAAGACCUCCAGUCAAACCCAAGAGCAACAGUCAGCGAUCCACAGUUUGCAGAAGGAUGAACUUGGCCCACAAAAUCCCGAGCACACUACAGCAGCCUCCUCUUUGCCUCCGGGACGACCACUGGUCCAUCCAGCAAAGACAGCCUCCGCUGUCAGCAGCAGUGAGCUUGAGGAUCUGAAUAUACACGAUUCCCAAAGAGGUUUUUACAAGAGAAACCUAAACCGCUACUCCCGGGAUCACUGGCCCUUCCAGCCCUGCCUCAUUGGGAGACCCUGA